AUGCGAGCGGAUGUGUGCCUUUGGCACAACUCGGGCAAGGGCAUUCCCGCAAGUGUCCAAACGAACAUUGUGGGUUAUCUACCGCCGCUCCUUGCAAGAGCCAUCUGCCGAGAAUGGCGGGGGAAUGUCGAACAUGACUGGGCGACACUGCGUGCAUUGAGGGAACUCCUAUGUUGUGAUGAUUCUCCCCUUAUCUGCGUCCCGGGUCCUGAGGAAAACCCUGUGGUGCGGGAAUGGGCCGUGAAGAAUUUCAAGUGGCAAGAAGGCACAUGCUUUGUUCCGCUGCUUGAGCUCAACGGCGACACGUUGCAAGCUGUCACAGACCUCUGGGAGCCUCCGCCGCAUCAGCAUGACUUUGUUAAAGUUAUUUCCAUCAGCUCUCUCGACAAGCUGCGCGCAUGGAUUCAGGAGCUGCAGCAGACAGAGUUGCUCAGCCAUGGACGCAAGGAACUGUCUCUGGUGAUGCGAUUGCUGAUGCACAGAGGGAUGUCGUUCACAGAAGUCUACACAGAGUGCAGUCCAGGUCCUCAUGCGACAUACCGAUAUGUAGCACAAGUCGCGUCAUUGCUUUGGCAGCGCAAGUCAUGA